AAUGAUUCUUGUCAGCUGAAGCCAGGCACUGGCUGUAGGGCACACCCUGCUCGCUGACCGCUGACCUGGGAGACUGCAAUAGACACAGGCCAUAAAACUCCAGCUUCCCGACUGAAGUGUUAAUCUUGGGGGUCUGACAUUUCUUCCCAUCUACUGUGGCCCCACCAGGAUGAUCCCCAAGGAGCAGAAGGAGCCAGUGAUGGCUGUCCCGGGGGACCUUGCUGAACCAGUCCCUUCGCUGGACCUGGGGAAGAAGCUGAGCGUGCCUCAGGACCUAAUGAUAGAGGAGCUGUCUCUACGAAACAACCGCGGAUCCCUCCUCUUUCAGAAGAGGCAGCGCCGGGUGCAGAAGUUUACCUUUGAGCUAUCAGAAAGUUUGCAGGCCAUCCUGGCGAGUAGUGCCCGAGGGAAAGUGGCUGGCAGAGCGGCGCAGGCAACGGUUCCCAAUGGCUUGGAGGAGCAGAACCACCACUCCGAGACGCACGUGUUCCAGGGGUCACCUGGGGACCCCGGGAUCACCCAUCUGGGAGCAGCGGGGACUGGGUCGGUCCAUAGUCCAAGCGCCCUGGCACCAGGCUAUUCAGAGCCCCUGAAGGGCGUCCCACCGGAGAAGUUCAACCACACGGCCAUCCCCAAAGGCUACCGGUGCCCUUGGCAGGAGUUCACCAGCUACCAAGACUACUCGAGUGGCAGCAGAAGUCACACUCCCAUCCCCCGAGACUAUCGCAACUUCAACAAGACCCCCGUGCCAUUUGGAGGACCCCACGUGAGGGAGGCCAUUUUCCACGCAGGCACCCCCUUUGUCCCGGAGUCCUUCAGUGGCUUGGAACUUCUCCGCCUCAGACCCAAUUUCAACAGGGUUGCUCAGGGCUGGGUCCGGAAGCUCCCGGAGUCUGAGGAGCUAUAGCCUCAGCCUGAAGCUACAAUUCCCUGGGCUCGAGGCUCAAGAAACAUCAUGCUUGUCUUGACUUUGCUUGCUUGCUUUUCUUCCUUCCUUCCUUCCUUCCUUCCUUCCUUCCUUCCUUCCUUCCUUCCUUCCUUCCUUCCUUCCUUCCUUCCUUCCUUCUUUCUUUCUUUCUUUCUUUCUUUCUUUCUUUCUUUCUUUCUUUCUUUCUUUCUUUCUUUCUUUCUUUCUUUCUUUCUUUCUUUCUUUCCUCCUCUGCACCCUCCUUCCUUUACUGAGACAGGAUCUCACUCUGUAGCCUAGAUUGGCCUGGAACUUGUAGCCCGGGCUGGCCUUCCCUCUGUUUCCCAAGUGCUAGGAUUACAAAGUGAGCAUAUGAGGCCGACUUCAGCUCGCAAAGCGUUUUCACACACUGAACAUUAUUAGAUAUAGCAGUUCAGAGGUCAAUGAGUUCAUUAAUCCUCGAAGCAGAUGUGCAUCAAACAUCGGAUCUUAUGUGGAUUUGGAACCUGCCCUAGACUCACAGUCUCAGAUUGGCCUGGGAUAGGAGCUGGCAUCAAGUACUCCAGGUGGCCCGUGUCACCUGCCUAUGAUGUGUGUCUGUGGGAAGUUAGAGCCAUGCCUGCCUCUGCCUGGCUCCAGCAGCUGUCACUUACCUGAUGGCAGAAUGCUCAGUAGUAGUCCAUCUACGUAUAGAUUGUUGUAUUAGGAAGGAGUAACUUGGGAAUGCAGCUGUUUGUAGAAUGCUUGCCUACCAUGCACAAAGCCCUGAGCUUGAUCCCUAGCACCACGUUAACCAGACAUAGUGGGGUACGCCUAAAAUCCCAGCACUUGGGAGAUAGAGGCAGAUUUGAGGUCAUCAUUGGCUAGACAGUGAAUUUAAGGCCAGCCUGGGCUAUACAAGACUAUCUUAAAAGAAAAAAAAAAGCUAUAUCUCAGGCUGGCCAUGAUCUGUAGCAGAGGAUAAUCUUGCUCUGAUACUUCUGCCUCCCUCUCCCAACUGCUGAUUGACAGGCGUGCACCCCAUGACUUCCCACUUACUAGGACCCAGCUGGCUUUCGUCUGCACAUUCACUCAACGUUCUGGAAACAUGCUCCAUGCUAGACAGUGCCAGACCCAGGUCUCAAGGACAUGAUAGAGAGGAGAUUUGUAAGGCUGAGAGCAAAGUGACCUCGAAGAGAAGAACCCUGAGUGAGUUGGUGGGAUUCCAGAAACUUCCCAGAAGACUUGAACCAGAGAACUUAGAGAAGGAACGAGAGCCCACCAAGGAAAGAGGGUGUGAUAUAAUUAUGGUCGUUUUUGGUAUGUGUUGAUCUGGGAGUUCAAGUGUGGCAUGUGGGAGAGAGAAGAGGUUGUAGCAGAGACAGAGGCUCUACUGGCAAAAGGGGCAGAGUUAGCAAUGGCCUCAUUGGCUGUUGUGUGGUGCCCAGGAGCAAUGCUAGACGUCAGGAAGUUCACAAGGGGCAAGGCCUGCCAACAGGAAGGGAUAAAAAGGGGGUAGGGGGAUGUCAGCCUGUGAUGUCCUUUAUAGAACAGGUACAAAGUGGAACACGUAAUGACACCAUCUCAUCCUCCCUUCUGAACAGAUCUUAGCCCAAGUGAUGGGACUGUGACUGUUGAUAGUGAAGUGUGACAAUGUCUUGGUGGCUCUCUCCAUACCCUGUUCCAUAGAUGUGGCUAUCCAUUCGCUGGAACAAGAGGAGCAGGACUGAAGAAGCAAGGGUCCAUCAAGGGCUCCCAUUGCUCUGGCUGAGCUGAUGCCCAGUCAAUCUGGAAUUGUGGAACAGUGUCAUGUUUUGCGAUUUAGGGUUUACUAGUGGGGGCUUGGGCAUCCCCCUAGCUGGGAUUUGGUUUAUCUGAGUGGUAUGACCUUGGGAAAGCCAUUUCACACUGAGCCUCUGCUUCUCCACCCGUAAGACAAGGAAAAGUAUAGGUCUUUGAAGGGCUUGAGAGCGCAGUAUAGGACCGUCACGGGGCUCUAUGUUAGAUUUCUUGCCCCACCUGUUUGCUCUGUUGGAAUAGAUCUGCAGUGGAUGCCAUUUAUAAAGCAGGCUGUGAGAAUGCAGGAUUCAGGUCAGAGGGAGGCUGAUGAUGGAAGGGUUCCUUUUGACAGGAACCCUUGGCCAGGCUGCACAGCGCACUGCAUGUUUAUUCUGUGGAGUUUGACUGCCCUUCCUGGUUCCAGGGAACCAGUAGCCUGAAUCUUGCAAUUCCUCGAAGUUGGUGUUUUCUCUUGGAUUUGGGGCUGUCAAGGCCAAGUUUCCAUAAUCUAAAGACCAACACCAUCUGGCUGGUAGGAGGGCUUGGAUGGCUUGUGCAACUCUCUGGAAGGAAAUCUACCUGACAAGCAGAGAACAAGAUGCUGGAAGGUAGGGUCCAGCACCCCAAAGUAGGACCUCAUUCCUUCUCCUGACCUGAUUUUUGCUAAUAGUGACUGGCAUCUGUCCGGCAUGGCCCAUACCACGUGCCUUCUCCCCUCUAUCUCCUCCAUUCCUGCUGACUGCAGGCAAACCCCUGGUCUUUAAUGGAACCACCCUACACGUGCUGUUAUCUAACAAGGAAAAGUUUGGAUCCUGAGAAAGCAAAUAAACAUUUCAAGUAUUUUGGGGACCUAACAAGUCCUUCAUCAAACCUAA